CCCCCCGGUGACAAGGCUGGCGCGGGCGGGCCCGUCCCCCCUGCCCCUGGGUCGCUCUUUUUAAGCUCCCCUGAGCCGGGGCUGCGCUCCUCUAAUUGGGACUCCGAGCCGGGGCUAUUUCUGGCGCUGGCGCAACUCCAAGAAGGCAUCCGCAUUCGCGACCAGCGGCGGCGGCGGCAGAGCCAGGCCGGUCCUCUGCGUCCAGCACCGUCGCUCCCGGCAGCCGCGAGCGCGCACCGCAGGCCGGCGUCCGAGCGCGCGCAUCCCAGCUGCCACUCCUCACCAGCUCCAUAGAGAGGAGGAAGAUGAGCGAGUCAGGCUCGAAGUCCAGCCAGCCCUUGGCCUCUAAGCAAGAAAAGGAUGGAACCGAGAAGCGAGGCCGGGGCAGGCCACGCAAGCAGCCUCCGGUGAGUCCUGGGACAGCGCUGGUAGGGAGUCAGAAGGAGCCCAGCGAAGUGCCGACCCCUAAGAGACCUCGGGGCCGACCAAAGGGGAGCAAAAAUAAGGGCGCCACCAAGACCCGGAAAACGACCACAGCUCCAGGAAGGAAACCAAGGGGCAGACCCAAAAAACUGGAGAAGGAGGAAGAAGAAGGCAUCUCACAGGAAUCCUCAGAGGAGGAGCAGUGACCGUGCAGUGCCGCCUGCUCCCUGGCCAGCAAGGAGCAGCUUUCCCCUGGGACUGGACGCUCGGAUCCCAGGCCCCUUCCUGCCCCCACCGCACACUACCACACCAGCUGCAGGCUCUGCGGCACCUCCCCACCCCUGUGCUCCUGGGGAGCAGGUCUUCUGGCUUAGUCUGGUGCCCUCCCCACAAGCACACUUGCCCUCUUCCCGACAAGGCUAACAUCCCAUGUAGCCGCAGCCUGUCCUGCUGCAUUCCUCCCUUGGGCUCUUGGUUUGGGGGCCCCUUCUGCCCUCCUGCUGUUCCUGGGAGCACCCCCUGGCCUUAAGGGGCCCCAGCCCCAUCUCAUUCUCACAAGACCCAUUGGCUGAGCUGGCCACAACAGCAGGUACAGCCAGUGCAGGGCAUGCUUAGGUCCCAGGAUGCCCCCAACCAAACUGUCACCAGUGGGACUGUCAGCCACUUCCACCCCACCUUACCUAGUUCCCGCACUAGGUGGGACGAGCACCUUGGGCUAUAGGAAGUAGUGUGGCAGGUGUGGGCUGCACCCAUCAUGCCCUUACCUGGGAUCUGGUACCUAGCUAAGUGACAGAUGGACCUGAGACAGGCUGGGAGGCUCCCUUCCCUCCAGUGGGGCACUAACAGAGCUAGCCCUGCCCCCCUCCCCACCCCCCAAGGUUCUGGUUCAUCUUUUCCUCUGUUCACAAACUACCUCUGGACAGUUGUGUUUGUUUUUUGUUCAAUGUUCAUUCUUAGACACCCACCAUUGCUGCUACCAGCGCCAAACGUUCAUCCUCACCCCCUCCCCUGCAUUCUCCUCCCCUCAGAUACACUAGGGGAAGGGGGGCACAGCAGGCCGGGUUACUGACCACCCCAGGGAAAGUGGGGCCUUACCCCUUGGAUGCUGCAGCAGAGUGAGGAGGGGGACCCAUUCUGAUUGGAAAGGGUGUAGAAGUCACCUCCCCUGCUUCUGGGGUGGGGUGGUGGCUGUUGGUCCCAGCCUGGGGUUCCCCCUCUGGUUUCCUAUUUGCAGUUACUUGAAUAAAAAAAAUAGCCUUUUCUGGACUGAA